AUGUCGCCAUCGUUAUUGAAAUGGCGAAGAAGUAUUAGGCAGCCUGAUUAUUUUAUAUAUAAAUCGGAAAAUAUAAUUGUUAAGAAAUAUAGAAACGCCAUCGUUAUUGAAAUGGCGAGGAAGUAUUUGUUUCUAGCAAUUACUCUGAUUAUUACAGCCAAUUAUUGCAGUGCAGUAGCAAUGAAUGGCGGAGCCACGCUUUUAAUGGGUUCUUCCCUCUCAGGAAGUCAGACCAUAAUUUCAAAAAAUGGUACGUUUGCAUUGGGAUUUUUCAAUCCAAGGGGAACGAAUAAUUGGUAUACUGGCAUCUGGUAUGCCCCAAUCCCUCAGAAGGCCAUUGUAUGGGUGGCUAACAGAGACAAUCCUGUCAGAAAUAUGCCCGGCGUUCUCAAAUUUUCGAGAGGCGGUCAGCUCACAUUGUUUGAUAGAAAUGGCCGUUCCGUUUGGUCGACUGAUAAUGGCCAGAAAGGAUCAGGGGCUGUGAUAACGGACUCUGGUAAUUUCAUUGUGCUGGACGCGAAGCUGUGGAAAGGAAUGAGUUUCGCGCAUCCGACAGAUACAUUGUUGCCUGACGCGAAGCUGUGGAAAGGAAUGACACUAACUUCCUGGAAGAGUUCUUCAGAUCCUGAAAGUGGGCUCUACUCUUUCCGAAUGAACACGUCUCCAGGAAAGACGGAGUUGAUGAUGUUGUUUAACAAUACCGUUCCAUAUUGGUCCAGUGGAGAAUGUAUUGGACACAAUUAUUUUACUAAGGUUCCAGAAUUGGAAGGUCAGAAGAAAGUUCAAACGUCGUGUGUGAGGCUUUCUCCUUCAAGAAUAUACAUUAACUUUAGCAUAAACCCGAUAGAUCGUAUGAUCAAGGGGCGGUUCGUAUUAAAUGAGAACGGCGAUUUUGAACUUUUCUUCUGGAUGGAUGAUGGUAGAUGGAGUCUGAGGUGGUCAACAUACCGAUGUCAAUGCAGUAACUAUAAAAUCUGCGGGUCCUAUGGACUGUGCAAUACGAAUGAUGUGUGUAGUUGUGUCCAGGGCUUCACACCUAAGCACGACUCUCAAGGUUGGUGGUCAACUGGGUGUGCUCGGGGAAAACCCCUUGAAUGCUCUGUCACGGAGGGCACAACCGACGGCUUCUUGGAAGCCACGAACCAGUACUUGCCUGAAAAAGAAGCUGUCUUAAUCAACAAUGAGCCAACACAGCAAGGCUGCCGGACAGCUUGUCUCCACAAUUGCUCCUGCACAGCCUUUGCUUUCGCUGAUUCUGAUCCACCCGUCUGCAAAUUGUGGUUUGGAGAUUUAUUCGGUAUGAGGGUUUCGUCGUCCGAGGGUAAAUCCGUCUUCGUUAGACUGGCUGCUUCUGAGUUACCACACUUCAUAUCAGAGCAAAGCAACAAAACCCCUGCACUUACAAUUUUACUUUCUGCCGGCGCAUCAAUUUUGGUUUUUGUCUCCUGUCGACCGCAUAUAUUCUCUGGAAACGUCGAGGUCUGUCGAAGAAAAACGUUGAAGAGGAGGUCCCUUUGUCGCUCAGAAUGUUCAGUUACAAAGAGCUGCGAAUUGCAACGGAGAAUUUCAAGCAUAAGCUGGGUAGUGGAGCAUUCGGCUCUGUUUUCAAAGGAACUCUGCCAGACAACAGGCCUGUUGCGGUUAAGAGAUUAG